CACAGCUAUCUACGCAGUUCCACACAAAAAACACCAUCUGUAAAAUCAAGCUCGUUCAUCGAAUCGCCCUUGAAUAACAAAAAACACAAACCGUCAAUCAACUAUAUUUCAAACAAUUGUUUUUGUCGUUCGCUAGUCAGUGCUUAAAUAAUCGUCAUUGAACAUACAUCGUUUCCACUAGUUCGUUAGAUUCGAUUUAGCUGGUUAGGGACACCUACGCGCCUAUGUUUCGAUCCUAGUUGCAGUUUAGUCGGUUAUUUGUUGCGUGACUCAUCGGAUUAUCCCGUUGUAGUCGUUCGUACAAUUUACUCCGUUAAUUGUUUCGUCAAUCGGUGCCGGUGUGCUGUGAUAGUGAUUUCGGAUGCCGGUUGUCCGGCCCCCGUGGCCGUUUUAAUGAACGGGUAUAGGGACCCGGCUUAGUGAGGCCUGCGCAACCAGCAGCAGGGAUGGAUGACUGCAACAUCUUCUAUGACGAGGACGGUGAAGCGCAGUGCGACGAUAUGGGUCACUCUGAAUCAAAGGGUGCAAAGAAGAGGGAGAAGAGUGCGAGUAGGAACGGCAACAAGCCAAGUCGAGGCGUCGCUACGUCAUUCGGGUUCCGUCGACGACCAGCCAGCACGUCACGUGCUGACGACAACGCACGCAGAAAACAAAAACCUCAUGAUAAAAACGGAAAUGGCGGUUCCACAGAAGACUUGCGACCUGAGGAGGUGCUGUCUGGUCGUUCAACACCCCUCGCGAGACCUCGCAAGGAAACCUCCGGCCAACCGCUUCGUACCAACAGGUUCGGUUUCAGGCAGCCGCACAGCAAGACGGCCAAGGUGGCCGACGUGAGCGUGGCCGCGGAACAAGCCUUCGGCGCGCCGAUCAAAGAUAAGGAGACCAGCAUCAAUAAUAAUGCUUUAGAUAAGAAAAAUACAAACCAAUCAUACAACUUGCCACUCCUCUCGACUCAAGUUUCAUCUACCGGUGUUACUUCGAUCGUGGGUGUGGCUGGCGUGCCGAAGCCGGUCACCAAACAAACUGUAAUACUGACUUAUCAACCACAGCAAUACCUGACACAGGAAACACGAAAGCCUCAUAGAUCUGAAACGCCCAGCCGAGCGACUUCACUCCCUCGGAGCCAAAGUAUUGAUCCUCAAAAGCCACCGGGGAAAUAUACAUUCCAAACAAACCAACUGCCGAGACCGCAGUACCCCUCUGUAAAGAACAUCGAUGCAAAAACCACAAAACAAGUUGUGAAUAACACAAGAAAGGCCGGCGCUGUCGACGGAUGGAGAGAAGGUGCAGGUUCCGCAGUAUCCGCGGAUUCGGGUGUAUGGACAGGGGGUGAAGGGGAACUUUCGCCGCGCUCUCGUCGCCGUCCACGCAACCUGGAGAUGGUGAUGCGGGGCUCGCAUAGCUUCCACCUGAGAGAACUACAAGUCGCUGAUCUGGAUAUAAUGGAUGAAGCUGUCGUAACCGGUCACGCAGUCAUUCCUCUGCCGAAACUACCAAGUUUAUUCAAUGAAGAAUCAUCCCCUGAUUGCGAGGAGCCGUUGACGCCACCAUCGCCAGUUCUUAUUGAAUCUAAACCCAUACUCGAAUCCACCCAGAGUCAUUCCCCUAUGUCCACGUUAGAACGCUAUAGAAAUAGAACCAGACCGAGUAGAAUUCAAAUCAAUGAAUACAAAGAUGAAGAAAAGUUCGUUUUGGACAGAGCUCAACCUGAAAUAUUAGAUAAGCAGAAAUCAUUUAUUAAAUCCUCAAGUGGUGUGGCGUCCCCAGCAGUAGAUUCCAGUAAGGAAUCCAGUCCGUCUUGCAAAAGUGAGGCUAGCCAUUUCAAUAGUAGCACCUGGCAAAGUCAUGCUGCUGGUGAAGCAAUGGCUACUCGAUCUCAAGACGACGUAUCCCUCGCACUGAGUGUAUCUAGCUGUGAAGACGAAAAAUCUAAACUUGAAGCAAAGCAACAUGAAAUUGACGACGCAAAAGUCCCAACGAAGACUAUAGUUAUAGCGGACGAGCCGCCAGUUCCUCACCCUCUACUGAUGAAAUCGUUGACACUGAGUCAACAUGAUUCUCUUCGUGGAACUAUGAUGGGUUCAAUGACAAGUUCGAACUACAGCACGACUAGCACAUGCACAAACCAGAGCGCAGAUCACAAUCUGACGCUCACUCUAGAAGAAUCUAAAUUUGAUAUGUCCGCUUUAGAAACUUCUACCCAAAGUCUUCUAGACGACGAAACAUCACCAGCAGAUAGUUUGAUAUCCUCAACGAGCACUAGUGAUUCUAAUAAUGAUUUGCACGUUGAAAAGGAUGUACCAUCAAUAUCUAGUGCUUAUCAAACAGCCAAUACUAAAACGAGGACUCCUGACCCCAUAGUGGAGGAGGACGAUAGGGUGGAUGGUGAAAUUCUGCAACCAGUAAUAGAAAUGAGCAAUGAUGGUACUGGUAGAAGUGACAGUGGUAGCAAGGAUACUACACCACCCUCCCCCGGAACACCUACCCACGCGUCGGGUUCAUUGUCAUUAUCUGAUGGAAGGGACUUCUUUGACGAUGAAAUUGCAGAUCAACCAGCGUUGUUAUUCAGAAAAAAUAAUCAAGGAAGUCCUUCCGUCAAAAGAGUAGAUUCUGAUACUAAGCAACCGAGGAGAUCGAGGGAGCACAUAAUGUCGAGUCCACAAACUCAAAGAAGUCGGAAAUGUGGUCGUAACCCGGCAACAGAGCGAACACCAUCUUUAGAUACGCUGUCAAGCCUAGCCUCUGAUGAUCUGAUGAUGGACAAUGACUUAGCACAAUCCAUCACGAGCUUGCAAAGUGUAGACGAUUAUAUUGAAAGGUUGGAUAGCUCGCUUCGAAGCGGCCUGAAUUCUCUCGAUGAACGACAAUUACGACAAGAGCUGUCAACAUCUAAGACAGCUGUCCGUCAAUGGAGCCAACUACUGGAGAAGAACAACAUGCUCGACCGGCAGCUGGCGGCGAUGGCACAAGGAAAGACCGCGCCUGACUCGCUCACUGGCAGCACCACGAGCUUAAGCAAUAUUGGGGCCAGUUUGCCUGUGCGCACCGCACGCCUGCUGCAACGUUCGCGCACACAGACGCCGUCCGACGCCGGGAUCAGCGAUGACAGCACAUCGCCCGCGCCCGCGCCGUCCUCACUUCUGCAAGAUGUGGUUGACAUUAAGACACUGCUCUUACAACUUAAACGGGUACUACAGGAGCCCGGGGAGGAGCAUCAUUCGAUGAGUAGUGAAACUCUCGACCCGUUGCUAGCGGCGUGCGCGGAGAGCCCCGCGCGCGGCAACGGGCGCCGCCCCCCCGCGUCGCCGCUGCACCCCGACGCCUGCGCCGAGAUGCGCCGACAAAUAGUCUACUUGCAGGGUCAAUUAGAGGAACGCGAUCGUCUGGUGCGGGUGUUGCAGCAGCAGAUGCUGCGCAUGGCAGAAAGCCACGAGCCGCGUGUCGACGACACCUGCAAUGUUGCCACGCAGACUGACAGGUUGCGGCCGGCAAUCGGCACAACGCUAACGAGUUCUGAAAAUUCCGGAUUAGUGAGUUGGAAUGAACACGCUAGUGGAAGGAAGCUGCCGUCGUACAGUGAUGCACAAAAGACAAAAAGGCCUAUUACCAACGGGACCGUAAAAUGUCAGUGCGGUGCGAGGAAAGUGAAUGGACUCAACAAUGACGACAACAGACUGACAGACAAAAGAACGGACUCGGUUCAGCUUAAGUCAAAUAGUCGAGUGGGAUCUAAAUACCUUCAAGCCUUGGCGACUACCACCGAAAACAGGAGGUACAUCAAGAGGGACUCAUCUGUCGGCGAGAAAUCGGAACGAAGAAACCUUUAUUCCUCUCGAUCUCGAUCCAUAGAGAACUUUCACAAUCAGCACUAUUCGUCAACUGAGCCAUUGCUAGCCAAGACGGCUGUGAUUGAAGAAACUGCCAUUAAACAUCACACGUCAUACGGCGACCUGUACAAUGGAAGGAUAAGCAGCAAGGAAAGCGUCAAUGGCAACAGACACAGUCCUAGUCUCAAUGGUCAGUCGACGGAUACAGAUUACAGCUCAGAUGGGGGGUAUAAAUCUCUUCCUUCCUCCAUCAACUACAACGGAUGCUCCCCAAAAAAGAUCAGCGGAAUACCUCGGAGGUCUAUCGAACAGAAAUAUGUUUCUCCGAAGCAAAUUAGAGCAAGUGCUAUUUAAGUAAAGGCUUAGGGGUUUGAAUGGAUCCGGAGAUCGACGGGAGCUAGUGCCGAGCAAUGUAUGGUACAUUCCAAGCAAGAUGAUUUAUAAUUGUGAUGUUUGAUGUUAACUCGUGCGAGAUUCUCGAGUUUUCGACAUGAUGGUCUUGUGCCUGAGAGUAAUUCUCAUGAUUGUGCCAUCCUUUAUCGUCACAACAAAGGCUUGUUCGCAUUUAUAAUCCUCGCGAAGCUUAAAUUAAGAUUUUUCAUUUCAAUGCCAAAUUAUAAUCGACAUUUAUGAAAUUAAAUUUAUUCAAUGUGAAUAUCAUCCUUUUUCCGAUCUGUGACAUGAAAUGCGACAGUUGUAAUGUUUCCUAGCCGAUUGCUUUGCGCAAUUAAUUUUAUACAUACAAUUUGACCCCUGCUGUACAUUACAGUUAGUUAAACGUUAACGUGAACCGGGAGCUAUUUUGUAGAUUUUUAUUUACAAAAAUUGUAUACAAGCGAUGACAUGUUAUCUUUAGAUUUUCUAUUGUAGACGAACUAUUAGUUAACGCUGUAAUAUGUGAUAAGAGUGGCUGUAAGAACUUCAAUUUUGUUUUAUAUCAUACCUCCUAUUUGUACGAGUUAUAUAUCGUUUUAUAUAAAUAUUGUCGAAUAUUUCUUCAAUUUUUUCAGUUUUUUUUUUAAAUCACAAAUAGACAGAAAUAGUCAAGUAUCAUAAAGGUACAAAAAUACACGCUUGGAAUGCAUUUUAUAUCCCUGAUGUCAUUUUAAAAGCAUUUGUCUAAUCGAUUUUUAAUGUUAAAUGUAUUUAAGUGUUUUGAAUAUAGAGAUGUGUAAUCUUCCAUAAUAUGUAAUAUUAUGUCGUUUAAUUAACUAGCCAAAGCUCGAAUGCGAUGGGUAGUUCUAUUUCUUCCAUAACAUACAAUAUACCUGAAAAUUCUGUCGUUAAAUUAAUUGAUUUAUUAUAAUAUUUCUUUAAUUAUGUUGCUGACUGUAUUAACGGAGGGCUUACGAACUAAGAGUAUAUUUAAUAUCCUUGAAUUGACUUAAUUACAAUUAUUUUUUUAUUUAAAAUAUUUUGCCUAAACUUGUACAUAAAAGCUGGUUAUUAUAAACAAAUUUUAUACUGAUCGUCCAUUGAGUGUACUUUCUAUAUAAAAUCAAUAAAAUAUUAAUGCGUCAUAUAAGCGUUAAUAAAAUAUCGAUAGAGUUAUAUAUCAUAUUGCUUUCUUGUUCUUAACAGCGUGUGGACGAUCAAUAGUGUUAGAGCUCUGGUCGGCCGCGACCCAGUGAAAUGUAAAAGAAAACAUCCUAUAUUGAUACCUAGUGUUAUCGUAUUGUAACGUCAUGCAUACGCAUACAACUUGUGUACUUAUGGCUACUUACGUCUGUUUAUUACGUUAUUAUAUUAUACUGCGCUCCUAUUUCAUAGUUAUAUAGUCAAAGCCCACUAGCUUUAGUAAAGAAUAUAUUACUAUUAAUUUAAAAAUCAUAAUUGUUUCAAUAAAUAACUUUAAUUUUAA